UUAAUUGUCACUUGAUUAGUCUUUUUAGAGUGAUAGCGCAAAUGUGGCUAAAUGGUAUUAGAACAACCUACUAAUAUCAUGUGGUGCUGAAGCGCUGCAUGAUGUGAGCCAUGAUGAAGACAUCAAGGAUUAAGUGAGGGAGACUAUGACAUCUCAGAAAGUUAGUCAUGAAUACUAAGUUUCACAUUAGUUCAUUACAUGGAGAAAAUGGUCUUUAUAAGUGAUUUUAGGGAACUUUAAUUAUAACUUCAUUAGUUCUUUUAGCAUGAUAGUGUAGAUGUGGCUGCGGUUUCCUUAGGUUCUCACGAAAUAUAUGCUGGUAGUGACUCUUAUGUUCUUCAUACUGGCUGCCUUAAUCUACUCAUUUUCAGUUGGCCUUUCAAUUGUUGGAAUAAUAACUCUGUACACAACACAGGUUGCAAGCUGGGGUGCAUACUUGCUGAAGAGAAAUGUUUUGGCUAUGUCCUUUGCACCAAGGGACAAUCAUGAGGCACAAGUGCAGUUUGCGUUGGAGCGAGGUGUACCUGCUAUUAUAGGUGUUCUUGGAUCAAUCCGUCUUCCAUACCCAUCAAGAGCCUUUGAUAUGGCUCAGUGCUCUCGAUGUUUGAUACCAUGGGCUUCAAAUGAUGGCAUGUACCUAAAGGAAGUUGAUCGAGUCCUCAGACCUGGUGGAUACUGGGUCCUAUCUGGCCCUCCAAUCAAUUGGAAGACCUACUAUAAAACGUGGAAGCGAUCUAAGGAGGAUGUCAAGGCUGAGCAAAGAAAGAUCGAAGAGCUGGCUGAACUUCUCUGCUGGGAGAAGAAGUAUGAGAAGGGAGAUAUUGCUAUCUGGAGAAAAAAAGUAAAUGCCAAAUCCUGCCAAAGAAAGUCAGAAAAUAUAUGCGAGUCAAAGGAUGCUGAUGAUGCCUGGUACAAGAAAAUGGACACCUGUAUUACUCCUUUCCCUGAGGUAACUAGUAAGGAUGAGGUAGCAGGAGGAGAGUUGAAGAAGUUUCCAGCUAGGCUUUUCGCAGUCCCUCCCCGAAUAGCUAAGGGGUCCAUUCAGGGGGUUACAGCUGAAUCUUACCAAGAGGACAAUAAACUUUGGAAAAAACGUUUAACUGUCUAUAAAAGGAUCAAUAGAUUGAUUGGCACUACAAGAUAUCGGAAUGUAAUGGACAUGAAUGCAGGACUUGGAGGAUUUGCAGCAGCACUAGAGUCACGAAAAUCUUGGGUAAUCAAUGUUGUGCCUACGAUUGCUAAGGACACUUUGGGUGUUAUUUUUGAGAGAGGUUUAAUUGGCAUAUAUCAUGACUGGUGUGAAGGCUUCUCUACUUACCCGAGGACAUACGAUUUUAUCCAUGCUAGUGGUGUAUUCAGCUUGUACCAGAACACGUGCCAACUGGAAGACAUCCUUCUGGAGAUGGAUCGUAUCUUGCGGCCUGAAGGUGCUGUCAUCUUGAGAGAUGAAGUUGAUGUUCUGAACAAGGUUAAGAAAAUUGCUGGAGGCAUGAGAUGGAAUAUCAAAUUGAUGGAUCACGAGGACGGCCCCCUUGUGCCCGAGAAAAUAUUGGUUGCUGUCAAGCAGUAUUGGGUUGGCAGCAGUGGAAACAGCACAUCCAGUGAUGAAUAAAUCAGGUCAUUGUUUGUUGGUGAAUAGAAGCAAUGCUCUAGCAACAAAUGAUAUGAUUAAGUUGCUCUGGAGUGGAGGAACUCAAAGAGUUCUGAACUUCUGAUACUCAGAAAUGGCAUGUAUUGUGCCAUUGAUGAUAUAGAGCUGUAUGAUGCUUAUCUGAGCUUUUAUUCUUGUAUUGAUUUUGGGGGAAAAGUUAGAAAAGGUUGCCCAAAUAAUUGUCUCAAGAAUACUACAGUGAUACAUUAUCAUAAUGAUGUUUUUUUUUUU